GUCUCGAGGCACGAGUCACAGCGCUACUCCACAUCUGUUUGCUCGUGCUCUCCGGAUCUCGAAUCCAUCCGCCGCGAUGGCGAUCGCCGCGCCGCUUUUCCGGCUCGCCGCCGCCGCCGCCGUGGUGAUGGGCGUGGUGUCGCCGGCGGUGAAGGCGGCGGGGGGCGGGAACAGCUCGACGGCGUGCCCGCUCGACCUCGGGUACGUGCGGUCGUUCCCGUGGGACACCGCGCCGUGCAUGCCGCCGGUGGCCAACCAGACCGCCUGCUGCACGACGCUGCUCUCCGUGCUCGGCGUCGGCCUCGCCGCGCGCCUCCGCGCCACGGGCCACUUCCGGCUACCGUCGGCGAACGCCUCGGCCGCCUGCCUCGGCGCCUUCUCCGACGAGCUCGCCUCGCCGCCGCUCUCGCUCCAGGACACGCUCGUUCCCGCCUGCUGGCCCGUCUCGUCCCAGCUCGCCAUCUCGCCGUCCUACUGCGCCGGGGUCACCACCGCCAAGCAGUACGUCGCCACCGUUGGCAACGCCGCGGUUCUUGGCAGCCUCAACUCCUCCUGUGGCUCCGACCUCGCCGACCUGUCGCUCUGCUCCAGCUGCCUCGCCGCCGCCAUCGACGCCUCAGGUCGACUCGUCGCCGCCGCCGCAAAGGGAACCAAUCCGCAGAACUGCUUCUACCUCACCGUCCUUUACGCCGCCGGCGUCUCCAGCUCUGCCGGCCCGACCUCCCCCGGCACCGCCAACUGCGCCCUCGGCCUCGCUCUCUCCACCCCUUCGUCUUCUUCGUCGCCGGCGUCCAGUUCCAACCACACCAACAUGGCGGUAGCCACCGCCAUCCCGGUCGCUUCCGCGCUACUCGUCUCCGUCAUAGCAGCGCUGCUUGUAUGGAGGAGGAGGCAGGACAGCAUCAGGAGCAAGAGCCGCCGACUCUCCGGCGAGCGGCGGUUGUCGCGCCCGCGGCCGAACGUCGGCUCGGUUCUGUUCAGCCUCGGCGAGCUGGCGAAGGCGACCUGCGGGUUCGCCGAGCGGAACCUCAUCGGCCGCGGCGGGUUCGGCGUCGUGUACCGCGGCGUGCUCGACGACGGGUCCGUGGUCGCGGUCAAGAAGAUGCUCGACCCGGACAUGGAGGGCGGGGACGAGGAGUUCACCAACGAGGUGGAGAUCAUCAGCCACCUCCGGCACCGGAACCUCGUGCCGCUGCGCGGGUGCUGCAUUUCCGACGACGACGCCGACGAGGGCAAGCAGAUGUUCCUCGUCUACGACUACAUGCCGAACGGCUCGCUCGACCACUACAUCUUCAAGGACGGCGGCGAUGGCGGACGCCGGCCGCCGCCGCUGUCGUGGGCGCAGCGGCGCGGCGUGGUCCUCGACGUGGCGAGGGGGCUGGAGUACCUGCACCACGGGGUCAAGCCGGGGAUCUACCACCGCGACAUCAAGGCGACCAACAUCCUCCUGGGCACCGACAUGCGCGCGCGCGUGGCGGACUUCGGCCUGGCUCGCCGGAGCCGGGAGGGGCAGUCCCAUGUCACGACGCGCGUCGCCGGCACGCACGGCUACCUCUCGCCGGAGUACGCGCUGUACGGGCAGCUCACCGAGAAGAGCGACGUGUACAGCUUCGGCGUGCUGGUGCUGGAGGUGAUGAGCGGCCGGCGCGCGCUCGACCUGUCCGACCCCUCCGGCGUCGUGCUGAUCACCGACUGGGCGUGGGCGCUCGUCAGGGCCGGGCGCGCGGCGGAGGUGGUCGCCGCGGCGCUGCGCGAGCGGGAGGGCCCCGCCGGGGUGCACGCCAUGGAGAGGUUCGUGCUCGUCGGGAUCCUGUGCGCGCACGUCACCGUGGCGUGCCGCCCCACCAUGCCGGAGGCGCUGAGGAUGCUGGAGGGCGACAUGGACGUGCCCGACCUGCCGGAACGGCCGCAGCCGUACGGCCAGAGGAUCGCGUUCGACGAAGGCGAAGCCAAUUUCAGCGCCUCGUCCGUGCUGAGCGGCCCCCCGUUCAUGGACUUCGGCGACAUGCUCCGGUGAGGGCAAUGGUAUCAAUCGUUGAUGGAUGCAACGAGAAAUAUGUUUUGAGUUUGGAGACAUCCAUGGAUCUGCAAUUUUACAGGCUGCAAUGCUGCAGUUUAUUGCAGCAUGUAAAAUUGCAACGAAUGCAGACCAACUGAUGUUCAGAGUUAGUCAACACCAAUAGUUGAUGUAAAUGACAGUGUAUCACUGUCUUUGUGUUGGAAUGCUAAUGAUAUUAUGCAUAAUAUAUACUGUACUUUAAUUUGUAAGUGGUAGCUAACUGAUGCUCAGAGCCUCAGAGUCAUGUAACUCAGUAACUGACAGUAUAUCAUGUGUUGAAAUGCAA